UAUUCUUUGUAUUGCUAUAUAUAAACCUUUCUUACUUCAACAAGACAUCCAUUCCUCAUCAUCUCUGUCAAUUUCUAUUCCAAAGAAGGGCUAACUUUCUCUCUCCAUCACAGCCGCCAUUAAACCUUAGAUCAAUAAAAAGCUGAUCUCCUUAUUUCGCUAAAGGUUGUCAGUUGGAACAAUCAAGUUUUCUAACAUCAUCUGAAUGGCUGUUGAUCAGUAUUUUGGACAUGAACUGAGAUCAAUCUCAGAAGCAAUAGAAGGGUCUGAGAAGAAGACUUCUGCUUGCUUUGACUGUAAUAUUUGCUUGGAUUUUGCAAAUGAUCCUGUGGUCACACUAUGUGGACACCUUUAUUGUUGGCCAUGCAUCUACGAGUGGUUCAACGUUCAGGAUCGUUCGGACAAUCAUCUUCAAUGCCCCGUUUGCAAGACUGAACUAUCACUUACAUCUGUGGUUCCUCUCUAUGGCAGUGGCAAAAAGGUGUCUGAAUCUGAUCAGGAAACCAAACUUUCUUCCCUAAAGGUACCUCCAAGGCCAUCUCCUCCAUCCUUGACGGUCCCGACCUCUCCAAGGCUUUCAUAUCUUAGUAGUAAUUUCAAUCACGGGCCUGUAAAUAAUGCAUCGCCCUCAUUCAGCCUUGGAAUGAAUCAGAAUGUGGAGAUUGUGUAUGGUAGGGUGUUUGGGAACUCGGGAGGCAUGUAUUCAUACCCGCUUUCGGGAAAUGGCAGCCCGAGGUUGAGAAGGCAAGAGAUGCAGGCGGAUAAGUCACUAAACAGGAUAACAAUUUUCCUUUUUUGUUGCCUCUUUCUAUGCCUACUGUUGUUUUAAUUUCAUCCAAUUUCUAUUGGAGUGUACACAAUGUGUAAAAAGAUCCGAUUCGGAUCAGGGAAUUAUACUGAUGGUGUAGUGUUCUUUCACGGUGGUUGUGCGUCCAUUUUGAUUGAUAUACAAUGCUACGACUUGUCAUAAAAAAACUUCAACUGUUCUUCAUUUUUACAAAAUGCUCC